ACUCUAACACGUUCCACAGAAGAAGUCCACGCCAUGAUGAAGUCUGCGGCGUUGCCACUUCUCCUGCUUGUCGUCCUCGCACGGGUGUCGUGCCAGGAUAUUGACGAGACAGAUGCUGAAGACGAAUCGACCGAGAGGUCGAUGGACGAGGGCCCAGUCAUCUUCCUGCCAGCGGCCUCGAGAGCCGUGGAGUGGGUCAUUUCCCAGAGGAACGACAACUGGGGAUGGGGAUGCGACUCCGCCAAUACAGUGCUGGCCCUCAGACUCGCCAACGCCACCUGGUUCGCAAAUGGCAACCUCGAGGCCCAGCUGGCCAUCAAGCAGAUGGAGUUGGAGCUUGUCCUCAAGAUGUGGAAGCACCGGGAAGAGCCAAUAACCACAGGCCAUCUGGCGGUCAAUGUCAUGACCUUGGUCGCCCUCUGCAAGGAUCCUCGGGCCUUCUUCUCCAAGGAUCUAGUCGCCAUGGUGGAACAUCAGGCAGGCGUCUUAGACUUCGAGAUUGCCUUCGCGCAGCUGGCAACCUGCACAGCCGGACACCACGUACGAAAAUCACGUAUCCGGAGGCUCUUGGACAUCACAACGGAUCCCAAGAAGAUCCAUUCUGUUGACACCUUAUCUGUGGUGAUCCUGGCUCUCCACUGCGCUCAGCACCAACGGAAACAUGACCUCAAGCACUUUAUUGACCAGGCAAUGAGGACCCUGCUGCGUCAGCAGAAUAGCGAUGGCUCCUUCAAGAACAACCUUCACUCGACAACCUUAGCUUUGCAGGCCAUGAUGUCAAGCAAGCUGGCUGGAUCCUGGAACGCCACGAGGGCCCAGGAAUACGUCAUGUCCCACCAGCUUCCAGACGGGUCCUUCGGCACGCUCUUCGACACUAAUGCCGUCCUGCCACUCCUAGGAGGGAGGACCCUACUCGAUAUUGCCCUUAGGAAGUGCCCCAAGGUCGAGGAAGACACUGUGGAUGAAGAAGACGCUCCAGUGGAUGCCUUCUCCCUGCCUAGCGAACCUCCUCCCGUUCCAACGGAUAUUUCACCGAGACCGGAUAUUACAAAUGUAACCAACACAAUGAUCAACGUGACGUACAUCAUCUGGAAGGGUAACAACGCCUCUAUCCACUUCAACAUCUCCCUCACAGUACCCGAGAACACCAAUUUCUACACCGUCAUGAAAUUCGCAGCUGAAAAAGACGAGAGAUUCGAAUUCUCAGCUUCCCACUGGGGCAACGGCUUCUACGUCCACACACUCUCAGGGGCCAAGGAGCAGAAAUUAGGGUACUGGUUCUGGCUUCUGUAUCGCCUCAAGGAGCCCCCUGUACCUGGCACCAAGCCUAGUAAUGACAUGGUUUCCCCAACAGGUGUCAUGGAAACUACUGUGCAUGAUGGGGACAUCUUCCUGUUCUGGUAUCACCAAAUCUAAUCUCCUGUUCAGCUUGCUAACUGAAGAAGAAGAAGAAAACUGUGAUCUUUAAAAAAACAUACUCAAGAAAUAUAUAAUAUUCACUUGUUAUACCUUGAAUGUCCAGUUUCUCUCUCUCUCUCUCUCUCUCUCUCUCUCUCUCUCUCUCUCUCUCUCUCUCUCUCUCUCUCUCUCUCUCUAUAGCUCUGAAGCUUACAUGAUCUUGUCUCCAUUCUCUAAAUUUACAUCUGCUUUGACGUGUGUCACUUAUAACCCCCGCUUCAAACUGACACUUAUAACCCACGCUUCAAACUGUCACUUAUAACCCACGCUUCAGACUGUCGCUUAUAACCCAUGCUUCAAAGUGUCACUUUUAUAUAACCCUCUUUUCAAACUGUUACUUAUAACCCACGCUUCAAACUGUCACUUACAUAUAACCCACUGUUUCAAACUGUUACUUAUAACCCACACUUCAAACCAUCACUUAUAACUCACCCUACACACCUCAGUUAUAACCACGCUUCAAACUGUCUCUUAUAACCCACGCUUCAAACCCUCGCUUAUAACCCACCAUUCCAACCUUAUUUAUAACCACGCUUCAAACUGUCACUUAUAACCCACGCGUUAAACCUUAUUUAUCUGCAAUAUCUGAAGAAUAAAUACCUAAUUAACCUUCUAAUAACAACCUAUGUCCAUUAAAAUCUAUCACUUUCAUGCAACAUAAUUAGCAAUACAAAAAUCGAUCACUUUAAUGCAACAUAAUUAGCAAUACAAAAAUCUAUCACUUUCAUGCAUUAUAUCUAACACUAUGAAAGUCUAUCACUUUCAUGCUCUAUAACACUUUACAAAUCUAUCACUUUCAUGCAUCAUAUCUAACACUAUAAAAGUCUAUUACUUUCAUGCUUUAUAACACUAUAAAAAUCUACCACUUUCAUGCACUAUAACACUAUAAAAUAUCUAUCACUUCAUGCACUAUAACACUACAAAUCUCCCACUUUCAUGCACUAUAAUAUUAUUAAAAUCUACCACUAUCAUGUUCUAUAGCACUUCCAUGAUCUGUAACACAAUAAAAAUCUAUCAAUUUCAUGCACUAUGCCUAACACUAUAGAAAUCUACCACUUUCAUGCACUAUAUCUGUCACUAUAAAAAUCUAUCACUUUCAUGCCAUAUAACACUAUAAAAAUCUAUCACUUUCAUGCACUAUAUCUGUUACUAUAAAAAUCUAUCACUUUCAUGCUAUAUAACACUAUAAAAAUCUAUACCUUUUCAUUCAUUAUAUCUGACACUAUAUCUACUCCUGAUACUUCUGCUACCUUUUUUAAUCCGGGUUGAAUCAGCUGUCCUUAUGCCAGCACCCUCGCUUAGUCAGAGAAGGCUCAAAGGAUUGAAUUACAUUCACCUCAGGUCAUUCGGCUUCUAAAAUUGUAUCAAAACAAUCUUGUAUCAUUAUAAGCUUCAAGGCUUCAUCAAUCGUCUGAUGUGGAUUCUGUCCUAUUACCUUCUAUUUCACUACUCCUGUUGUUUCAAACUCUCCUAUCCUAUUCCUACUGUUUUUCUUGAAGUAUUUCUUUCCAUUCCUUAAUCUUAAAGGGUUUGCUUGUUAAAAUAAAGUUUUUCCCUCAUUCGUUAUAAAAACAAUCGCAGCUUAUUCGACAGGGUAUAUGAAGAUAAGAAUUUUUGUCCAUUUACAUUAAAGGGAUUUGGAUUUAAAUGUGACAAAGGAAUUGAUAAAGUUGUAUUUAAAUCAAAUGUAUGAGGAAAGUAUAAAUAAAGUGAUAUUUAGAUCAAAUGUAUGAGGAAGGAAUAAAUAAAGUUGUAUUUAAAUCAAAUGAUUGGAGAAGGUAUAAAUUAACUUAUGUUUAAAUCAAAUGUAUGAGGAAGGUAUGAAUAAACUUAUAUUCAAAUCAAAUGUAUGUGGAAGGAAUAAAUAAAGUUGUAUUUAAAUAAAAUGUAUGAGGAAGGGGUAAAGAAAUUUGUAUACCAGAUGUAUGAGAAAGGUACAAAGUUAUAUUUAGAUUUAAUGUAUGAGGAAUGUAUCAAUAAAUGUACAUUUAAAUCAAAUGUAUGAGGAAGGAAUAAAGAAAGUUAUAUUAAAACCAAAGUAUGAGAAAGGUAUAAAGAAAGUGAUAUUGAAACCAAAUGUAUGAGAAAGGUAUAAAGUUAUAUUUAGAUAAAUUUACGAGGAAUGUACCGAUAAAUGUAUGUUUAAAUUAAAUUUAAAUUUAUAAGGAAGGAAUAAAGAAAGGGACAUUUAAGUCAAAUGUAUGAGAAAGGUAUAAAGAAAAUCAUAUUGAUAUGAAAUGGGUGAGGAAAUCAAGCGUUUGUGGAAGUUCCAUAGGAAAUUGUAUUCAGAUAGAAUGUAUGAGAAAGGGAAGGUAUAAACAAUGUAUAUUGAAAUCAAAUGUAUCAGGAAGUUUUAAGGUAAAUGUUAUGUGAUACCCAGAAAUGGAUGCCAUUGCUUGUACUCAGUGGAGAGUCAAAAAAUAUAAUAUUAAUCAAAACUCGAAGCCACUCUUGAUGCCAAAAGAGGGUUGUCCAACCCUCAUGUGAUAUAGAUAUAUGCUACUGUAGUAACCCAUCCAGUUAAUUAUAGCAGAGGUAGUGUGUAGGCACAGAGAUUCUAAGACAGUGCUUUCUCUGAAAGAAAUGUGCUUUCUAAAGAAAGGGGGCCACAUCAACUCAUGACCAUGAUACUCAGGAGCUGUGGUAUCUUCCAGGAGGGUCCUGCUGGAAGCCCUGUUCCAGGAACUGGAAAGCCAGCCCAUUUCCCAAUCAUGGAAAGCCUUGUGAAAUGUUUUCUGAACUUCGUUUUUAGACAAAGGGCCACUCUGGUACCUUCCAGGUGGGUUCUGCUGGAAGCCCUGUUCCAAGAACUGGAAAGUUAGACAAAGGGCCACUCUGGUACCUUCCAGGAGGGUUCUGCUAAAAGCCCUGUUCCAGGAACUGGAAAGCCAGCCCAUUUCCCAUCAUGGAAAGCCUUUUAAAAUGUUUUCUGAACUUCCUUUUUAAACAAAGGGCCACUCUGGUACCUUCCAGGAGGGUUCUGCUGGAAGCCCUGUUCCAGGAAGUGGAAAGCACAUUUCCCAAUCAUGGAAAGCCUUUUGAAAUGUUUUCUGAACUUCCUUUUUAAACAAAGAGCCACACUUUGAGACAGGAGGUGGCUUGCACUACUGUUUGAUCGUCUGAACUGAACCCUGCGUUGAUGAUGUGGGAGGGAAGCUCAUUUCUUCACAGCUGCAGUUUUUGCCAUAACAUAACCUGUGUUUUAUUCUUGCCGACAUCAAGAGUUCCUUGAACGCUUCCUUACGACCUCUUAGGUGUGCUCUUGCACUUUGUUUUCCCACUGUUUCUUUCCAACUGCUCUUUUUGAAGACCCAAGGUCGACCUUUUUUUAUGUAGAAAGAUGCACGAGGGAAGGAGGAAGAUGACAGUGAGAGAGGUGUGUCCACAAAAUGCACUAGAUUUCUGUUGUUAACUUUAGUGACCUUCCAACCAGAGUUCUAGGUGUUCCUCUUGAAUUCUGUGGUUCGUCUGUUGAUUGUACCUAAUACCCAGACCUCGGCCUUUUUAUAGAAUUCUGGGCUCCAAUUGUUGACUGUCCUUGGACCCAGUCCUCCCUCUUUCAGCAGAAUUCUGAGGGUCAUUUGUUGAUUGUACUUCUACUAAGUCUUCUCUAUUUCAGUAGAAUUCUGAGGGCCAUUUGUUGAUUUUCUUUUUACGAAGUCCUCUAUUUCAGUCGAAUUCUGAGGGUCAUUUGUUGAUUGUACUACUACUAAGUCCUCUCUAUUUCAGUAGAAUCGAAGGUUAUCUGUUGAUUGUCAUUGUACUCUGUACUCGCAAUCUGUCUGAAUCAUACUGCUUAGCCAGCUAGAAUCAAGGUUGCCCAGAAGUUAGACCUAACUGCAUUUCUGAUCACCUCUGCUGUCAAACUUUCUCCCCUGCUACGUGCCUUUUACAUUUGCUUGCUCCAGAGACUGAAAAGGUUUUUUCCCCACAGUUAAACCCCCUGUAUGGCCUAAAGAGUUCCGAGCUUGCUUUUACUUCCACGUUUUUUGGUCUUUACGGGUUAUCGCAAGCUUUUACAAAGAGCUUCUUCGUGCAAUCUUUUUGCCACAGUCACAGAUGCCUUUCUACAACGAGUGAUUUUGCAGGUUUCUGGUUGAAAUUCAUUGUUGUUCUCAGCUCCUUGGGAAGGAGGUUCUGUGGCAGCAGCUCUCGAAUCGAUGUUUGGAUGAGGUUCUUCUGAAGGAGAGGUCUGGCAUUGGUGCCCUUCUGAGGGAGAGGAUUGGGAUUGGUGUCCUUCUGAGGGAGUGGAUUGGCACUGGUGCCCUCCUGAACGAAAGGACUGGCACUGGUGCCCUUCUGAACGAAAGGACUGGCACUGGUGCCCUUCUGAUGGAGUGGAUUGGUAUUGGUGAUCUCCUGAAGGUUUGGCUUUGGUGUCCUUUUGAGGCAGAGGAUUGAUACUGGUCCCUUUCUGAAAUAAAGGUAGGUACUGGUGACCUUCUGAAGGUUUGGCAUUGGUGCUCCUUGGGGGAAGAGUGCCCCUUAGGUAAAGGUUGGCAUUGGUACCCAAUGGCGGAAAAGUUGGCACUAGUUCCCCUUGGGGAAAGGUUUGGCAAUGGUUCACAUCUGAGUGAAACGUUGAAACUGGUGCCAAGUGGAGAAAGGUUGGCUCUGGUAAUGGGGGUUGACCACUAAUAGUGAAGUGAAGUCUUGUGUCUUUUGUCCUAAAUGGUAAAAAAAAUGUAUUCAGUCACAUCAAGAAAUUAACUCUGAUUAAAAUACCUUCCAUCAGUUGAUUUGGGAUUCAUUUUACAGAUUCUGUAUAAAUAAUUUAGAAUUAGUUUCUCAAUAUAGGAAAUUAAGUUUCUAAGCUAACUGAGAGGUCACUUACUAGUUUUCAGUGUUGAAAAUUUGCCACCGUUUUUGUGUAUAAAAGUUAUUUCAAGUUUCUGUGAGUUUUGGUACCAUACAAAACAACAUUGUGGUUAUAAUUGCAAUUGUAAUUCUGCUCCAGAUUACUCAAACAUACUUCAUGACACAACCAUCAGUAAAUGUUACCUCAAAUAUUCUUCCCCCAAAAGAAGAGCGUGAAGAGACUAGAGACAACAGUUAUGAAAGAAAGCUCAAGGGAACUGCUGACCUACAGAACGCCUCUUUUCAAGAUGGCGUCCCCCCCAAAAAAAAACAAAGAUCUUUGUUCACUCACUUUCAUGGAUAGUUAACCAUCAAUCAACAAGUCAUCUCGUUUUUUGUUGUUCUGUUUUCACCAGUGCUGUUAUGUAACUGAUAGAUUGGUGUAGAUACAUUCUGUGUGGUGAUUUGUUCGAAUUAUAAAGGGCUCAAAUUGUAUAUGCAUAUGCCAAAAUAUACAUAUUUUUAAUGCUAAUAAACAUGCAGGUGUUGGA